AUGCGCCGUCGUCAAUGGACGGUCGUCAUUCUACUCGUCUUCCUGUUGAUAUGCGCAUACACAGUAUUCACACUUCCCUCCGAUCGACGACCGACAGUCCCCAUACCAGGCUCCGACAAACCCCCUCCGCCCCCGCAAGAUCAACAGACACUCGGUGACGAUGCCGCCGCCGCCGCCCCUCCUCCCGACAGACGACCGAAGUCCGCUGGCGGCACCGGGUCACACCCCAUGUGGCACCUCAUGACAAGCGCCGAGAAGGAGUUCCAGGAUACGCUGAAGCGCCAGUCCAAGACGCUCGAGGAUGCCGUCAAGGAGUACAAGCGCCGCUACAACAUCCCGCCGCCCCCCAACUUUGACAAGUGGUUCGAGUUCGCAAAGGCCAGCGGCGUACAGCUCAUUGACGAGUUCGACAUGAUACACGAGAUGCUCACGCCCUUUUGGGGUCUGAAGCCGGCGACGAUACGGGAGCGGGCGCGGGAGGCUCUGGGCUUCGAUAACAAGCUGAUCGGCCUCCUGAUCCGGGACCAUAAGAUCAAGCACAUUCAGGGCGGCUCAGACUGGCAGCGCGAUGCCACCUCUGGCAUGAUGAAGAAGUUCAUCGAGCACCUGCCCAGCAUGGAUAUCGCCUUCAACAUCCACGACGAGCCGCGCGUGGUCGUCCCUCACGAGGACCUCGCACGCCUCGUCAGCCGCGCCAAGGACGUCAACAUGCCCAAGGCGAACGCUGCCAUCAACCCGGAGAACGCCUUUACGAAGCGCGCCGCCGGCCUUAGCGAAGGUAACAUCAUCGACGAGUACAAGCGCACCCGCUUCAACGUCUUCGCCCAUCAGCCCACCUGGACGCACUCUCGCAUGUCCUGCCCACCCGACAGCCCCUCGCGCGGUCUCGAGGAUGACGAGCUGUCCGACGACAUGAGCAAGUACGGAGUCAGCGAGCUCGGCUUCGUAUACAACGUCACCGCCAUGUCGGACAUCUGCCUCUCGCCUUCCCUGAGCGCGACCUACGGCUUCUUCGAUCGCCCCAACGCCUACAACAUCGUCCACGACCUCUUCCCCAUCUUCUCCCAGUCCAAAAUCUCCUCCUACAACGAUAUCCUCUACCCGUCGCCCUGGUACUGGUAUAAGAAGGUCGCCUACGACGAGUCAAAGGAUAUGCUCUGGGAGCAGAAGCAGGACCGCCUCUACUGGCGCGGUUCCACGACGGGCGGCUUCUCCCGCAACGGCGGCUGGCGCCGCCAGCACCGUCAGCAUCUCGUGCAGAAGCUCAACGCCGCCGACCAGGCAAAGAUCUUCAUCAACCGCGGCGACGAGCAGACCCCCAAGUGGGAGGUGAAGGAGGUGCCCCGCGGCGACUACCGCGAAAUCGUCGACGUCUUCUUCUCGCACGUCGGGCAGUGCGACCCGGGCGACUGCGACGCCGAAAAGGAGUUCUUCAAGAUCCAGGGCCACGCCGAGCAGCAGGACGCAUGGAAGUACAAGUACCUCCUCGACAUGGACGGCAACGCCUUUUCGGGACGCUUCUAUGCUUUCCUGCAAUCACGCUCCCUCGUCUUCAAGCUCGCCAUCUUCCGCGAGUGGCACUUUGAGUGGCUUAAGCCCUGGGCGCACUACAUCCCCAUGAGUCUGCAGGGCGACGACUGGCUCGAGAGCGUGCGCUUCUUUGGCGACGGCGCGCUGGGGCGCAACGAAGCCGAGCGCAUGGCUCUCAGCAGUCGCGACUGGGCGAAUAAGGUGCUUCGCAAGGAGGAUAUGGAGGUCUGGUUCUUCCGCCUCCUCUUAGAGUACGGUCGCGUCAUUGACGACAAUAGAGACAACAUCGGCUUCGCUGUCGAAACUAUCCCAGAACCGCCGGUGUAG